UACUUUAAUAUUGCCAGCACAAGAAUUGAUUACUUAGUUUAUUUGUGAUAAAUACAACACCUCCCAAGCAGAAAAAAGUCACUCACAAAAACACCUCGAGCUCUCUCUACCAUACAAACCAAAAAUAUCGGUGGUUCAAUCUUCAGUACCCGACGCCGGCGGAAAGAUCAUGGCGGGACAGUCGCGAAAAUGGAUGAUUCUGGUGGCGACGAUUUGGAUUCAGGCUUUUACCGGGACCAACUUCGAUUUCUCGGCUUACUCUUCAGAUUUGAAGUCGGUUUUGAAGAUUUCGCAGGUGCAGCUUAACUACCUCGCCGUGGCUUCUGAUCUCGGGAAGGUGUUCGGUUGGUCGUCGGGGCUUGCGCUGAUGUACUUCCCGCUUUGGACGGUGCUUUUCGCUGCGGCGUCUAUGGGAUUCGUCGGUUAUGGAGUACAGUGGCUUGUCAUCACUAACUUCAUCUCUCUGCCUUAUAUUAUGGUGUUUCUCUGUUGCUUACUUGCUGGUCUAAGUAUCUGUUGGUUCAACACAGUCUGCUUUGUGCUCUGCAUCAGCAACUUCCCUGCAAACAGAGCACUUGCUCUUUCCCUCACAGUAAGCUUCAACGGUGUAAGUGCUGCUCUAUACACACUUGCUUACAACGCAAUAAACCCAACCUCUCCAGAGCUCUACCUUCUCUUAAACGCUCUCAUACCUCUCGUUGUCUCCUUCACUGCAAUCAUCCCGAUCCUUCGCCAACCACCUUUCGAGCCUCUUCCACCAGAAGGAGUUCGCCGCGACUCUCUCAUGUUUCUACUGCUCAACAUUCUCGCCGCUCUAAACGGUGUUUACCUCCUCCUCUUUGAGUCAAACUCCUCCGAUAUAACCUCUGCUCGUCUCCUCUUUGGUGGUGCAAUCAUCCUCUUGGUCCUCCCUUUAUGUAUCCCCGGUUUAGUCAUCGCCCGUAAGUGGUAUCAUCGCACAAUCCACACAAGCUUCCGCCUCGAAGGUUCCGGUUUCAUUCUUGUUCAUCCUGAUGAGCUUGAGUUGCAUAAAGGGAUGGUUGCACAUGAAGCCAAUAGAGAAAGCUACCAGUUGCUAAACGACGACGUUGUGCAAAACCUUGUUAUUAAGACUACAGCUCCAGAGGAAGGUGACAGUGAUGAGUCUUGUUGCAAGAAGCUUAUCACAAGAGGCCAGCUUGAGAUAUUGGGAACUGAACAUUCUUUGUCGCAGCUCUUACGUAGAGCUGACUUCUGGUUCUACUAUAUUGCAUACUUCUGUGGUGGAACCAUCGGUCUUGUGUACAGCAACAACCUCGGACAGAUUGCUCAGUCUUUAGGACAAAGCUCAAAGACUACAACUCUUGUCACACUUUAUUCUUCCUUCUCAUUCUUUGGAAGAUUGCUCUCGGCAACACCUGACUAUAUCCGAGCGAAGGUUUAUUUUGCAAGAACCGGGUGGUUAGCAAUCGCGCUUUUACCAACACCAAUCGCGCUUUUCUUGCUCGCAUCAUCAGGAGCCGCGUCAGCGUUACAAGCGGGAACAGCUCUGAUAGGUCUAAGCUCAGGAUUCAUAUUCGCAGCAGCUGUUUCGAUCACAUCAGAGCUUUUUGGACCAAACAGUGUUGGAGUUAACCACAACAUCUUGAUCACAAACAUACCAAUCGGAUCGUUGAUCUAUGGAUUCUUGGCUGCAUUGGUCUAUGACUCACAUGGUUCGACUGUGAUCAAAUCGAUGAAAGACUCCGUCGUGUGUAUGGGACGGGGUUGCUAUUACUUGACCUUUGUGUGGUGGGGAUGCUUGUCGGUUCUUGGACUCGCUUCUAGUCUUGUGUUGUUUAUUAGGACUAGAAGAGCUUAUCAACGGUUUGAACAAGCUCGGAUAACUUCAAAUAUUGAUUCAUAGAAAUUUACCUUCAUUCCCCAACGGCUUGUGUAUAUCACAGUAUAUGUAGGGAUCUAUAUUUAACAGACGUAUUAAUGGACUGUUAUGGAUUUUGGCUGAUAA